AUGGCGACGGAAAGAGAUCUUACAUCCAAUACACCUAGAUUUUCCAUUCGCAGCCCCCAAGGUGAUGGCCCAAGAAGCGACGAUCAAGAGACAUUCAUUGAGUAUGAUUCAAGAAACCCAUUUGCUGAUGACUUUGCGGACAUCUCCUCAUUCUCAUCUUCAUCCCAAAAUCAGCGAUUACAGCAGCAGCAGCAGCAGCAGCAACAAUCAAUACAAAAUUUGCAUCAACCACCACUACCACCUCAUCUAGAUAAUUCGUAUCAAACUUCACAAUAUGGCAAGCCAAUCACAACCUAUGACGACUACAAUCUAAAUAACAACAGUUCUAGCCAUCUCAUCCAAGAAAACUCAAGUACAGAAGAUUCCAGGUUCUUGAAUAAAGACUAUAGCUACAACAAUUAUGGCAACAGUAGUACUUACUCCAAUAAUAAGCUCAGUCCGGGAAGUCCUGCUGAAUUUGAUAGGUACCCCUCAAUGGCUGGUUCUAGAGUUGUUUCUUCAACAUCACUUGUAUCACAAUUAUAUCCACAACAGGGCAACAAAAACCAAACUACUGAUCGUUAUCUGUCACAAUCGCAUUCAUCAAAUUCACUAGAUGGCUCCUCUGUAAAAUCACUUCCCAUUCAUCCCAAUGACUUGUCACCAUUUGGUGGAUACCCGGAAAGCUCAUUUCCAUUAAGCAUAGAUGAAAAAGAGCCGGACGAUUACCUACACAAUCCUGAUCCUGUAUUAGAUGCUGAGUACGAUAAAAAUAGAUUCCUUCAUGAUAUUAAAAAUCUAGAUAAAAGAUCUCUUGGUGGAUUGCUUGGAUUGAUUGGAAUGGCACUUGCAUGUUUAGCUGUAUUUGUUGUUUUACCUGCGGUAACAUACACCGGUGUAACAGAUCAUAAGAAGCCCGAAGUUUUUGAAAUUUUAACUCAUUAUUCUUAUCCAAUGUUGAGUGCUAUACGUCAAACAUUGAUCGAUCCAGACACUCCCGAAGAAGCAAUGCAAAAGGUGUCUAGACUGGGUGAAAUGUGGCCCUUGGUAUUUAGUGAUGAGUUCAAUGCUGAAGGAAGAACGUUUUAUGAAGGAGACGAUCAAUUUUUUACAGCUCCCGAUUUGCAUUAUGAUGCAACUAAGGAUUUAGAAUGGUACGACCCAGAUGCCGUUACAACCAAAAAUGGUACUUUAACCUUGCAAAUGGAUGCUUUUAAAAAUCAUAAUUUAUUUUAUCGUUCAGGAAUGAUACAAUCGUGGAACAAGAUGUGUUUUACUCAAGGAAGAAUUGAGAUUUCAGCUAAACUACCAAAUUAUGGUAAUGUAACAGGCUUAUGGCCUGGUUUAUGGACAAUGGGUAAUUUAGGUAGGCCUGGUUAUUUGGCAUCAACCGAGGGUGUUUGGCCAUAUACUUAUGAUUCUUGUGAUGCAGGUAUAACACCAAAUCAGUCAUCGCCAGAUGGCAUAUCAUACCUACCAGGACAGAGACUAAACAAAUGCACAUGUCCAGGAGAGUCACAUCCAAAUCCAGGAGUAGGCAGAGGUGCCCCUGAGAUUGAUAUAAUUGAAGGUGAAGUUAUGACGGAUUCAACUGGAAAGAAAAAGAAUAAUGGUGUUGCUUCUCAGUCGUUACAAUUGGCGCCAAUGGAUAUAUGGUACAUGCCUGAUUAUGAUUUUAUUGAAAUUCGCAAUGCUUCAAUAUCUACAAUGAACACUUAUGCAGGAGGUCCAUUUCAACAAGCGUUUUCAGCGACUACCAUGUUGAAUACAGAUUGGUAUGAAAAAGGUGAAGGGCCUCGAUAUUAUCAAAACUAUGGAUAUGAAUAUCUCAAUGAUGACGAUUUGGGAUAUAUAAGAUGGUAUGUUGGACAAGAUCCAACACUAACGGUGCAUUCAUAUGCAUUACAUCCGGAUGGAAAUAUUAAUUGGAGAAGGAUCGCUAAAGAGCCAAUGUCAAUAAUCAUGAAUCUUGGUAUUUCAAAUAAUUGGGCCUAUAUUGAUUGGAAUUCGAUCUCUUUCCCAGUCAUUAUGCAAGUUGAUUAUGUGAGGGUUUACCAACCAUCUAAUGCGACCAAUGUUGGUUGCGAUCCCGAUGAUUAUCCAACUUAUGAUUAUAUUCAACAACACUUGAACGUGUAUGAGAAUGUCAAUUUGACCAGUUUCGAGGCUGGUGGGUAUACCUUUCCAAAAAAUACUUUAACUGGAUGUCAUUGA